UUCACUUCAUGAAGCGCCGCCUCGCAUACGCACUGUGUUCUGCCCCUCGCGGAAAAACGGUUAUGGCCAGAACAAAUUGCUGACAUACGCGCGCCAACGACUUGUUCGGGAUACGCGGGAUUCGCGUAUAAAAACCAUCUUCAGUGUCCUACCGGGCAUCAGAGUUCAUCUGGGAGUCUUGUGGGAAUCAUCUCAACCGUGUGAAAAACCAAAUUCCAGCAAUCAUGAAGUGCAUCGCAGCUGUAGUCAUGGUGGCUUUCGUCGCUGUCGCCGAGUCCAGCCUGUUGCCGUUGGUGUACGGUGGAGCGGCCUACACCCUGCCCCACACCACCGUGGUCCAGAGCAAUUCGGCCCCGAAGUUGGCCUACGCCGCAGCCCCGUACGCGGCCGGACUUCAUUACUAUCCGUACGCCGCUGGUCUGCCGUACUACGCCUAUGGUGCCCCCCUGGCGUACGCUGCCCCAGCGCCGACUCUGUUGCUCCAGAAGGAAGCGCGCUACCUGGCGGCCAACCGCGGUGCCAUCCACGAGGCCCUCCUGCCGGGACACGAGAUCUCCCAGCAGCAGCUUAAUCUGGAACCGGCUGCGGGAACCGUUUAAGUGGGCGGGGUGACGACAAGGUUAAUUUAUUGGAGAACGUGAGGAAAGAUGUAGUUUAUUUUGGAAAAAAAAUGAAAAAAUAUAUUUGAAGCGUUUGAUGUGAUA